CAAAGAGUGAAAAUUUUUUAAAUGCUGAUUAAAUCAAAACUUUUAUACAACUCUAUGAAAUUUUUUACCACUUGUGAAAAAUUCCUACAGUCUAUUGCUAAUUACUGUUUUUGGUUUUCACUUUUCAUACAAAAAACAAAAUUUCAGUAUUGGGCCAACUUCCCAUAGGUAGCAAAUGGGCUUUCUUCUGUUGGGUUUAGGUCAAAGUAAAAUAAAAUGAACAAAGUCAGCACAUUGUCCAGCAGAGGAUCAUGCUUUCUUUGCCUUGUAGAAAUCGAGUGGCGGACUGGAAAGUGAAAGCAGCGAGGAAUUUGUCAAUAUCUUGGAACUGGAUAAUCGUCAUAGGGCGGUCUUGUGGGUCGUAAAAAGUCCUGCUAUUAUAUUCAAAUAUAUAUAGCUCUAAAUUGGCUUAAUAUCACUGCAAAAAUAUAAAGGUAGCAAAGCCAGCCAAAUCAAUGGGAGCCAAAGACAAAUUACUAUAAAAUUUUAUUAUAUUCAUUCAUUGUCCAACAUUUAAAGCACGUCAAAUUACUGAAAUCUCCGAAGCAACAGGAGAGAGAGGAGAGGAGACCACCUUCAGAUUCACUCCCAUUGUUGGAUUGUAAGUACAAGAUAAACCUAACACCUUUGCACUCUAACCCACCAUACCAAAGCAACCCUAUAUAUAUGCCUUUUGAGUUUUGACAACAGUCACUGCCAUUUCUAAAAAGAGGGAAAGAGGAAAAGGGUAACCUUGAGUGAAUCAGAUUCAUUCACCUACCCUCCUCUCUUCUCUCUCCCUUCUUUUUUUUUUUUUUUUUCAUUUUAAGGAUUCUAAAUUUUCGAUUUGUAUCUUGUUUUCAUCGACUCUUCUCUUUGGAUUUCUUCAAAAAAAAAAAAGGAUUUUCUCUUGUAUUCAUUUCUUUAAGCUGAAUCUUUUAGGCACCCAUUUGUACAAAAUCUGAUCUUUGCUUCAAAAACACGCACAAUUCUCUUAAAACAAUGAAAAAACGGAUUUGGGUAUUCAAUAAACCCUAGAAAAAAGACAUAUUUUAUAAAAAUUUUCAAAGUUUUUUUUCCAUCAUGAGCAAGAGAGGAAUUCAGUUGUUUGACGAUAAGAGAGAUGGGUUUUUCUCCGUAUGUGAUUUGGGGUCUCAGUGGUGUCUCGAACAGAACAACUUUUAUCCAGGCGGCUUAUUUGCAAGCGUUGGUCAAAUGGGAAUAGGAUUUGGCGUUUCGCCAAACUCCCCAAAUGCCCGUGACAAUGGUGGAACCAAAGCUCCGUUUUCCGAUCUAUUUGUGAAAUAUUUACCGUCACAAGAUGAGAUUCGGGUUGUUGGAGUACCAGAAGGUGAAGCAGCUUUAAAGAAGAAAAAGAAAGUUGGCUUAAAACUGAAAAUCAAGGUUUCUAAUCCUUCAUUGAGGAGGUUAAUAAGCGGUGCCAUAGCUGGGGCGGUUUCAAGGACUUGUGUCGCGCCAUUGGAGACUAUAAGGACGCAUUUGAUGGUUGGGAGUAGUGGGAAUUCUACCACUGAGGUGUUCCAUAAUAUAAUGCAGACUGAUGGGUGGAAAGGGUUGUUUAGGGGUAAUUUGGUUAAUGUGAUUCGAGUUGCACCAAGCAAGGCGAUAGAGUUAUUUGCUUUUGAUACUGUGAAUAAGCAGUUGUCGCCCAAACCUGGGGAAGAACCAAAGAUUCCAAUUCCUGCCUCGUUAGUUGCAGGAGCUUGUGCUGGAGUCAGCUCAACUUUGUUGACAUAUCCUCUUGAGUUAGUUAAGACUCGAUUAACCAUUGAGAAAAAUAUGUAUGAUGGUGUACUUGAUGCUUUCUUAAAAAUACUGCAAAAGGAGGGCCCUGCUGAACUUUAUAGAGGCCUUGCUCCUAGUCUUAUUGGAGUAAUUCCUUAUGCUGCCACUAAUUAUUUUGCAUAUGAUACUUUACGUAAAGUGUACCGUAAAGUUCUUAAGGAGGAGAAAAUUGGUAAUAUUGAAACACUUUUAAUUGGAUCACUAGCUGGGGCUAUUUCAAGUAGUGCAACCUUCCCACUUGAGGUGGCUCGCAAGCACAUGCAAGUUGGAGCUGUCAAUGGAAGACAGGUAUACAAGAAUGUGCUGCAUGCACUCUCAAGCAUUCUUGAACAAGAAGGGAUUCAUGGUCUAUAUAAAGGUUUGGGUCCUAGUUGCAUGAAGUUGGUACCUGCUGCUGGGAUUUCUUUCAUGUGCUAUGAAGCAUGCAAAAGGAUAUUGGUAGACAAAGAUGAGGAAGCAUAGAAUUUUCUCGUUGAAGUGAAUAAACUAGUCCUUUGGAACAGAGGAAUGAGCUGGCAUACAUUUUAGGUUCUUUUUUUUUUUUUUGAUAUUUUUCUCCUGCUGAAAUUUUUCUGUUGAGAGCUCAGUUCAGGUAGCGGCAUUUGGAAGGUUAAAAAUGAUCUUGAAAGUAAGUUUAUUGGCAUACAGUUUUCUUUGGCCUUGAAAAUGAGACAGAUAAGUUAUAUUUGAAGAAUGAUGGACUUUUAGUGUAC